CAAACCAAAAGGACAAAAUGGCCUCGGACUCUCCGCGCAGACCGAGUCGUUGUGCUGGGGGGGUUUUGGUGCGAGCACAAGCUGCUACGGAGCAGUCUUACAUGGAGAGUGUUGUGACCUUUCUGCAGGAUGUAGUACCUCAGGCAUAUACUGGGGCUCCACCCACUGAUGAGAAAGAGAAAAUCAUUUGGGUUCGAUUUGAGAAAGCUGACAUUAAUGACACUGCACGCAACCCAGAGUUUAUGGAGAUGCACAGUGGCACUACUGACCCUCCACUCUGCCUCAUGAUUGGCUAUACUGAUGGAAUGCAGAUCUGGAGCGUAUCUCUGGCAGGAGAAGCUCAAGAGCUUUUCUCAGUGCGACACGGUCCAGUGCGAGCUGCUCGCAUUCUGCCAGCUCCUCAUAACAGUCCUGUAAAGCUGGACAGUUUUGCUGACAAGAGGCCCCUCCUUGGGGUCUGCAAGAGCACGGGGUCCUCUGGGACGAGCCCCCCCUACUGCUGCGCUGACCUGUAUUCGCUAAGGACGGGGGAAAUGGUUAAAUCAAUUCAGUUCAAGACGCCUAUCUAUGACCUCCACUGCAACAAACAUAUCCUUGUUGUGAGCCUGCAAGAGAAGAUUGCAGCAUUUGACAGCUGCACAUUCACCAAGAAGUUCUUUGUUACAAGCUGCUAUCCCUGCCCCGGCCCCAGCCUCAAUCCAAUAGCUCUGGGAAGCCGUUGGCUAGCCUAUGCUGAGAACAAGUUGAUAAGAUGUCACCAGUCUCGUGGAGGAGCCUGUGGUGACAAUGCACAGUCUUAUACCGCCACAGUGAUCAACGCUGCCAAAACUUUAAAAACAGGUCUGACGAUGGUCGGUAAAGUUGUGACCCAGCUAGCAGGCACCAUACCGGCAAGCACUCCAGACGAGGAGGGCACAUCUCACAGUGCAAGCCGUCGCAGCCCACACAACCCCGGUGUGGUCACCAUUAUUGACACACACAGUGUUGGAGAAGGACAGGUCUUGGUGAGUGAGGACUCGGACGGUGAAGGAGUGGUGGCUCACUUCCCAGCUCACGACAAACCUAUAUCCUGCAUGCAAUUCAACCCCAGUGGAAUGCUGCUGGUAACUGCCGACACCCUGGGACAUGACUUUCACGUCUUCCAGAUCCUCACCCACCCGUGGGCAUCUUCGCAGAGUGCCGUUCACCAUCUCUAUACGUUGCAUCGUGGGGAGACCGAAGCCAAGGUACAGGACAUGUGUUUCAGCCAGGACAGUCGCUGGGUAGCCGUCAGCACCCUCCGUGGCACCACACAUGUAUUUCCCAUCAACCCCUACGGCGGUGCACCGUGUGCCCGGACUCACAUGUCCCCACGUGUGGUAAACCGGAUGUCGCGCUUUCAAAAGAGCGCUGGAUUGGAGGAGAUUGAACAGGAGCUGAACAGGGCAGCUGCUUUAGGAGGAGGAGCAGGAAGUCUCGCAGGAAGUGGCUGCAUCUUAGGUGGAGGAGGCAUCGGUGGGCGCUGUAGCCCCAUACCUGGCCUGUCCAGUAGCCCCUCAGGGUCUCCAUUACAUGCCAAACUGAGCAGCCAGGAUUCGUACAACAAUUUCACCAAUAACAACAUGGGGAACCCGCGGCUCAUCCCAUUGCCCAGCCUCACUGUGGUGCUGCCUUUGGCUCAGAUCAAACAGCCCAUGACCCUGGGCACCAUCACCAAGCGCACAGGACCCUACCUCUUUGGGGCGGGAUGUUUUGCCAUUAAAACUCCAUGCAAGUCUAAGCCACCCCCCCAGAUCUCACCGAGCAAGUCCAGCGGAGGAGAGUUCUGCGUGGCGGCCAUCUUCGCGUCACCUCGCUCCUGGUUCAUCACUAAUCCCAACAUAAAAAGAGAGAAAGAUCAGUCCAGGCAGUCGGUUGUGGACUCGCUGUACGUAGUCAGUUGCUAUGGUAACUUGGUGGAGCACGUCUUGGAACCUCGGCCAUUAAGCACGUCACAAAAGAUAAGCGACGAUACACCGUUAGAACUCAACACCUGUCCAAGGGCCUGCUGGAUUCUAGCCAGGACUCCACAGUGGAAUGAGCUGCAGCCACCUUUCAACUCCAAUCAUCCUUUGGUGUUGGCCUCAGAUCUAGUGCAGUACUAUCAAUAUCUCCUGGCUGCUGUACCCCCAGGAAGCCCCGGCCCAAUCACACGUCACGAGUCAUCCGACAGUCUGGCAUCAGACCACAGUGGCCAGGAGGAUGAGGAGUGGCUCUCUCAGGUGGAGAUUGUGACUCAUACAGGCCCCCAUCGGCGCCUGUGGAUGGGCCCCCAGUUUCAGUUUAAGACAAUUCAUCCUUCAGGCCAGACCACAGUCAUCUCCUCUUCAUCCUCGGUGCUUCAGUCCCAGGGCCCCAGCGAUGUUCAGCAGCCCCUUCUGGACUUUGACACAGACGACCUGGACCUCCACAGCCUCAGGAUCCAGCCAGUACGCUCAGAGCCUGUCAGCAUGCCCGGCUCAUCGCGGUUGGUGGCUGAUCGUCGUGGCCAGUCCAACAUCAUGGAUGCAGGAUCAGGGCCAUUUGAUGGACGUGGCGUAACCCUGCUGGAGGUAUGCGGGAGCUGGCCAGAGAGCUUUGGCGUGCCACGGCACAAUGUUGGCUCAGCAGAUGCGAGCGACGAAGGCCUGCGAGAGAGACUGGCUGACGCCAUGUCCGAGUCCCCCUCUAGGGAUAUCGUAGGCUCUGCCACAGAGCUGCAGAGGGAGGGAAGCAUCGAGACCCUCAGCAACAGCUCAGGUUCCACCAGCGGCAGCAUCCCACGCAACUUCGAGGGCUACCGCUCGCCGCUGCCCACCAACGAGAGCCAGCCGCUCAGCCUCUUCCCCACCAACUUCCCCUAGGACUCCUCGUCGCUGGCAUCCGUCCCACCCUGCUCUGCCUGCCCGUCCACCAUCGUACACUCACGCACCGAUGCGGUGUAUUGAGUCCAAAUCAAAAGAUUUGUGUUUCUAUGGUCAGCAUGCGUUUUGUUUUUUGUUUCGUUUCUUCUCGUCUCAGACGGCUGCUCGCCAAUCAGCUGCGGCCGCCACUGGUCAUUCAUUUCUGGGGUUGAAUUUUCAAGCUGCUGAAAAUUGUGCCAAUUUCCACUCAAUUCAAAUCUGAUCAUUUUAAUUCCCAAAUCAUUCCAAAAACACUGAUUUGCUGUUUACCCUCGAAUUGUGCUCAUGUCUGGGUGGAAACACCUGGACUCGUUUAUUGCAGACUUUUGGAAACUUGUUCAUUUAAAGGGUAGCAGCUGUUUUGAGCAGCUGCUUAGAAGGAAGCUAAAUAAAGAACAGAUAAAAUACAGUUUAAUAUUUUGAUAUGUCUGCUGUCAGGGAGAAACGUCCACUAUUUUCAACAUUAGAGCGUAACCCUGCUCGUUACCUCGUUGCUUCGUCGCCUGCUGCUCGCUCAGCUGCCGUCGUUCUCAGUGUGUGUUUUUGAAGGUUAGGUGCGCCCAUUGUCUGAAUGAAGCGUAGGAGACGGGAGUGCUGACAGAGGAAAAAAAGGAAAUGUUUAUUCUCCCUGUGUAAGAGCGUCGCUGCCUCCCGCUCAGUGUUUUAGAUUAAAUUUGCUCCUUUCAUGCCUUUGAUUUUCAUGUAAUCAUAUUUGACAAAGGGUGCAGUAACAAGAUGACACUAUUACUGCUUUGCUGGAGUAAUUCAGAUGUUUACAGUGUAAUCGAGAUGUUUCUGAAAUCAUUUGGAUAUAUUCCCCACUCCGCCUUUCCAGAUAGUAAAUUUUAAUUGAGCGCAGUAACGGAGGCUUGUGUAGUCGUCACGCCGAAUUUUGUACAUUAACAACUUUUGACCAAAAUCUUUUUCCUAUUCAAGAUCUUUCAAAUCUAUAUUUUCCUGUUUUUUUUCUUUGCCUGCAGAAAUAAAGAGUUUGUUCAAAGUGAAAAUAACUGCACUGUUAACGUCUCCCAAGAAAAUGCUCGAAAUGUCAUUUGCAGUGCUACAUGUGGACUGCCUGCAUGUCCGAUGUGCUUUCUCAGACACUGAAUGGACAGUAAAAAAAAGAAAAACAUCAUUAUUAUUCUUGUUGUUGGAUUUGUGAAACAUUGACUUCUUUCCCUGCGUUCAUGCAAGAAAAAAAAACAAAGUGAAGAAAAUGAAA